GAAGCUUCGAGAAACGUCUAGUAUCGACAUGUCGAACAAAUGGGAAUCAAAUGCGGAAAUUCAGCGAUUCCGAGAGUAUUUGCGGAUUCGAACAGUUCAACCGAAUAUAAAUUACGGCGAAUGCAUUGAGUUUUUGAAAAAGCAAGCACGUGAUCUUGACCUACCAAUCGAAAUUCAUCAUCCGUAUGAUGAGACCAAACCGAUCGCCGUCAUAACAUGGCACGGAACUGACCCAACAUUAUCUUCGAUCGUCUUGAAUUCGCACAUGGAUGUGGUGCCUGUGUUCGAAAAUCUAUGGACACAUCCUCCGUUUGGUGCAGAUAUAGAUGAACAAGGCCAGAUUUUUGCGCGUGGCACUCAAGACAUGAAAUCGGUUGGAAUGCAAUAUUUGGGAGCAAUUAAGGUAUUGAAAGACAAAGGCAUUCGUUUGAAGCGCACUUUUCAUGUCAUUUAUGUACCGGAUGAAGAAAUUGGCGGUGAUAAUGGGAUGAGAUUGUUUGUAAAAACUGAAGCAUUCCGUCGUUUGAAUGUGGGUUUUGCAUUGGAUGAAGGUAUUGCGACACCAGAUGAAGUGUUCUCCGUAUUUUAUGCUGAACGAAGUGUUUGGAGAGUUGAUUUCAUUUGCCAUGGUACAACUGGCCAUGGAUCUUUGUUGCUUGAGAAUACUGCUGGCGAGAAGUUGCGUCACAUUAUCGAUCGCAUGAUGGACUUCCGUGCUGAGCAACAGAAAAUUUUGAAAAACAACCCCGAGCUUAGCAUCGGUGAUGUCACGACUGUUAAUUUGACCAUUAUAAGUGGCGGCGUUCAAAGUAAUGUCGUUCCUCCAUCAUUGACGGCACUUUUUGAUGUUCGCAUAGCUGUCGACGUUGAUCAUGAUGCCUUCGAAGCAAUGUUGAGAAAUUGGUGCAAAGAAGCUGGCGGUGAUAUUGACAUACAGUUUGUUGCAAAACGACCGAAAGUGCCGCCAACAAAAAUUGAUAGUAGCAACCCAUUUUGGGAAGCAUUCCACGAAACACUGGUCGAUGAUUUACAUCUAAAAAUUAAACCGCUUGUUUUCCCCGGUCGCACAGAUAGCUGCUAUAUUCGUGAAGUCGGAGUGCCAGCAAUUGGCUUCUCUCCGUUGAACAAUACACCAGUUUUACUGCAUGAUAACGAUGAAUUUGUAUCUGCGGACGUGUAUCUCACCGGCAUUUCCAUUUAUACCAAAUUGAUUGAGAAAAUUGGCAAUCUUUGAACUAAUAUUCAAUAGUCACACAUUAUUUAGUUACGAACCUCGUCGAUUUGUGUAUCGUUUUUAUCAAACCAUUAUUCACAUGACGCAAUGUUCCUCUUGGAAUUGAUACAAUACGAAAUUUUAUGCCAAAAACCAAAUUGAUGAGGAAAAAUAAUCAUAUGUAUUUAAUCUUUGAAAAAUAUACAAUUUUCCGAAUAUGCAUUGUUUUCUGUUGUUUCGCACACAAUAGAAGAAUAAAUACUAGCUGCUCAUCGAAUCUACUAUUCUUAUAUGGGCAAAGCAA